AUGGUUUCAACCAAUUCAUCAAGUGCAAUUCCUGCGAUUUAUUCCGCAAACGCACCAGCCUUGAAGUCUGCAUUUUACGAAGCUUUUGCACCUGGAAUGCCUAGUAGCUUUACAACCAAUGAUAAGAUCUACAGACAGAAAAAGCAAAUCUUGUCGGCAGCGUUUGCACCUCGGAAGCUGGAAGCCAUGGAACCGUUGAUUCGUCUCCAUAUCGAUACAUUCUGCGAGAAAAUUGCAGCAGCUGGAAAAGUUGAUAUUGCCGUGAUGCUGGGUGCGCUUUCCAUCGACGUCCUGUCUGAUCUAUGCUUUGGUAAAAGCUUCGACACUCUGAACAAUGAGCCAGAAAGAGAUCGUAUUCUGGAGGCUAUGGAAAAGUCUGUUGAGUUGGUCAUCAGAGAAGGAACUAUGCAUAAAUGGCCACGUGCUAUUUGGAAGGUUCUUCAUUCAAAGGAAAAGGUGAUCAAACGGGGCUAUGUCUAUCAGAGAGCAGUUGAAGCCAUGAUGCAGCAAAUGCAUAGCAAAUCCGAGAGAGACGAUUUCUUCACCAAUAUACUCCAGGCUCGUCGACCGGAGACUGGAGAGCCAUAUGACAAGCGGGAGUUGAUGGGUGAAGCAAUUCUUCUCCUGUUCGUGCAAACUGCCCAUAUUCCCGACUCAGUUAUAUCCCUACUAAUAAAAGUCGUGUACAGUGUUGCAGGAUCCGAUACAACGUCUACAGCAUUGACCAUGAUCAUCUGGCAUCUACUAGCGAACCCGAAGACGAUGGAGAAGUUGACAGCGGAGAUUUGUGAGAACUUUGACUCCACAGAUUCGAUAAAGUAUCAGGCACUCCAGGGACUCCCUUAUUUGCAUGCGGUCAUUGAGGAAGGGUUAAGAAUUUGCCCACCAAAUCCGGGCUUGAUUCCACGAGUAGUCGUCGAUCGAACCCCUGGCCAUUUAGCCAUUGACGGCCGUAUUUUCCCUCCGGGUACCGAAAUCGGAGUUUGCAAUCUCUCGCUUCAUCAUAACCCUCUUUAUUUUGAUCAGCCGGAUGCGUUCCUUCCGGAACGUUGGCUCCAGGACUCCGAGAUUAAGUGUGACAAAGGUGCAUUCUCUCCAUUCUCCUAUGGUCCCAGGUCAUGUUUGGGCCGAAACAUAGCAUACAUGGAAAUGAGCCUGACCCUUGCUCUCCUUGUUUAUCGAUUGAAGCUAUCAUUCGCGAAUCAUGACAAGGAAAUGUUGGCUGGAUUCGACGUCGAUGAUGCCUUUGUUGCUAUAAAGCCGGCAGUUCCAGUGACUGUGACAAGAGUUUAA